CACGGAUUGCAGCCAUGGGAGACUUGGAGGCCACACCAAGCAAAUCAAUUUUGACUCCUCCAAAAUGAUAAUUCCUCGCACCUUCUUCUUCCAUUUCUCCUCUCUAUAAAAUCCCCCACUGAAAUUUCCACCAACAUAACAGCCAAAACACAUCACGGCCAUGGAACUCACUCUCCGCCCACUAGAUCUCACCGACGUCGACGAUUUCAUGGGCUGGGCAGCGGACGAGAAAGCCGCUCGAUUCUGCUCCUGGGAGCCCUACCAGGACAAAUCGGAAGCCAUUAAGUUCAUCAACGACCAAGUCCUGUCGCACCCCUGGUACCGGGCCAUCUGCGUCGACGGUAGGCCGGUCGGCGCGAUUUCGGUGAUGGCGAAUACGGCGGUGAGGGAUCGGUGCAGGGGAGAGCUAGGGUACGUUUUGGGGUCCAAGUUUUGGGGGAAAGGGAUCGGGACGGCGGCUGUGAAAUUGGUGGCGGAGAGGAUUUUUGUGGAGUGGCCGGAAUUGGAGAGGCUGGAGGCGCUGGUUGAUGUGGAGAAUUUGGCGUCUCAGAGAGUGCUGGAGAAGGCGGGAUUUCAGAGAGAAGGCGUUCUAAGGAAAUAUGGAGUGACGAAAGGGAAAACUAGGGAUUUUGUUAUGUUUAGUUUUCUUUCUACUGAUCUUCAAUCGUAAAAUUUAUGAAUUGCAGAUGAAUUUAGAUUUCAAAUUCGGUUGGUUUUGUAGAUUUUGUAUCUUUGGUUCUUUGUGCAGCCUUUGCAAGAGCUGCCAUUGGUGUGUAAUGUGUAUUUCUCCUCUAAAUUUAAACUGGAUUGUGAUUUUUUUUAAAAA